GAGAAAAUAAGGUGAAGGUUGUCCUUCAAGUUUGCAAUUCAUUUAGUUGUUUGAUAAUAGCAAAAUUGAUGUUCUGUUGCACGUUUUCUGUUUUUGUAAAAUUAUAGUUUUUCAAUAUUUAUUUAAAUUAUCUAUUAUAAAUUAAUUUUAGUUUAUUUAUUUCUUAAUAUGUCUUCUACUGAUAAAACUGGAGCAACUCAGGCUCCUAAAGGAUUUGAGGCAUUGAAAUCUCACAUAGUAACUCAUAAAAUUGAUGUUGGGUUAUGGUGCACUAGAGUUCUUACAAUAUUGUUCACCUUUGCUUAUUUUGUUCCCUUAUUUGGGAAUCCAGUUAAUGCAUAUUAUAAAGCUUUGAUUGCUAAUGCUGCUACUAGUGCUUUAAGGUUGCAUCAACGGCUACCAAGAGUGAUAUCAUGGCGUGACUUUUUAGUAGCUAUGUCUAAGGAAGAUAGCUUCCAUUAUCUAAUUUAUUCAGUGAUAUUUUUAUACGUUUCACCUUUCACACUUGUACUACUUCCAGUUUUCCUGUUUGCUUUGAUUCAUUUUGCCAGCUAUUCAUUAACACUUUUGGACACCAUUGGACGUAAUUCAUGGUGGGGUGCUAGGUUACUCAUUUCUCUUGUUGAACUCCAGUCAAGGAAAAUACUGAGUUUGAUCGCUCUUACUGAGAUUCUCUUGAUGCCAAUCUCUUUUAUAUUUCUUUUUUUUCAUGGUGGUCUUCUAACUCCAUUCUUAUAUUACCAGUUUCUUACCAUGCGUUACAAGUCACAAAGAAAUCCUUAUACAAAGAAUAUGUUUCAUGAAUUGAGAAUUAUACUUGAUGACUUCUCUGAUCAACCAAACACUCCAAAUUUCUUGAAGAAUUUUAUUAAAUCAUUCAUAGUAGUUGUUUCAAGAUUUGCUCCUCCGUUAGAAGCACCUAGAGACAAUUAAACUUGGUCACAGUUUUAACAACUAGGUUCCACUACUAAUGAUAUAAUGGGGCCAUAAUUAACUGGAUAUGGUUAUUAAUUAAACCUAUAGCAAUUUUGAUUUAUAUGUCAAUUAAGUGGCGAUCCAUUGCAAGGUUGUGCACAACUUAUAGGACAGGUAAACACUCACUAAUGUUUUUACUUUCACUAUAUCUUAUUCAGGGUUUAUGGAGCUUUAUAUGUUAAAAGGGGAACAAAGUAGAUUUAUAUAUUUUUAUUAAGUUUUGUAAUUUGUCAAUUUUCGAUUUAGAUCUUUUAGUUCAUAAUAUUUUUUAUGUUUAUUUUUUGUUUAAUAGUAGUUAUUAUUUUAAUAAAUACAGGGUGCUAAUGAUUUAUUAAUGAAUAAUCUUUAAGUAAUUUUUAUCUUCAAAAAAGUUUAGUUUUAUGCUGAAUAGAUUAAUUGUAAAUGUAAUAAUGUUGCUGGACCAGUUUUCUGUUAAAUUAAAUAUUGUUGGAACAAAUCCUUUUCUUUGUUUAUUAUUUUGUAAUUUAUGUACACAUACAUUUUAACAAAUCAGUUUUAUUGAAGACACAUUCAGAAAUAACUGCCUCUAAGGAAAGCUAUAAGAUCACAAUUAAAUUUAAAAUAUUAUUUGUUGCAUUGCUUGAAUUCAAAGGGAACAAUCUUGUAGGGAAUUAGUUAAACCCUAAUUAAAAUUUAUGUAAUUCCAUUGUGUUUAUUUCUUUGUUUUCAAUGAAUCAUAUCUGGACAAAUAAUUGUUUUUCUAUGCAGUUUUGUGUUCAAUAAAAUGUUAAUUAUUAAGUCAUUUUUCUGUUGUACAUUAUGUAUAUUAAGUUUGUGAUUGAAGUUUAAAACUAAUAUUAAAAUAAAUUGAUCAUUCCAUUUUAAAGUUUUUAGAUGCCUAAUUUUACCAUGUACAGUUUUUCAGAUUUUUUUUUUUAAAUUUUGUACAUUAUAGUAAUAAUAAUAUAUACAUUUAUUUAAUGUAUAAAAUUAAACAGUGCAAAGUUAGUAGUAAUCUAAAAUGAUCUUAUUUGAAAUUGAUGAAUGAAUUGGUCUUAGUUUCAUUUCUGGAAUGUAGAAAUGAGUUAUUAAUUAAAUUUGUUUGUGUUAUAUUAUACAUACUGUGUGUUUGUGUGUGUGUGUUUGUAUAGGUUUAAAUAUUUGUAUUAUAUACCAAAAUAAAAUAACUGCCUUUUUAAAGGAUUACUGUUGGUGUUGUUUAUUUGCUUUUGUUCUCAUAUCAAUUACCUUUAUUAAUUAGUUUAUUUGCUUAUAUUAAUUAAUUAGUCAAUUAAUUUUCUUUCAAU